UCAUUCAACCAUAGCAUGGAGAGAGUGAAAGUAAAAGUGGAUGAAUCCCAUGUACCUAAAACAUCCAAGGAGCAGAAAAAUGUUAAAUUUGAGGAACCAGUUGUCCUAGAGUCUGAUAGAAUGACAUCCAUCCUACUCCGAACAAUGUAUGUCCAGUGGGUAAUAAUUACUUUUCUCAUUGGAAUAAUAUUUGUUCGACUAGUCUACUCCACCGAUGAAAACUGGACAUUUUUUGUUAGUUCAACCUUAAUCCUCUGUUUUGCUGUGAUACCUAUCAUAAUUACAAUAUCUUGCGUGGAUUGUUGCUCAAAGAAAAAAUCUAACAAAGAAGAAAAGAAGAAAGUUUCUAAUGAUGAAACUGAUGACAAAUCUAGCACCACUAAGCAGAUAAAGCCUAGAAAGUCUAGAAGUACUACUAGAAAAAGCAAGCCGAAACCUGCCAGUGAAGAAGAUACCCCAAAGUCUACAACGGUUUCCAAAGAUACAACUGUGCCUGAGAAGAAACAGCCUAGAAGCGUGUCUAAGAAACGGAAAACAAGUAAGCCAAGAAGUAUUUCAAAGAACAGAGUUAAAAGUAAGUCUAGGAGUGUAUCCAAGAGAAGAAAACCCAGCAAAUCAAGAAGUACAUCAAGAAAGCCAAGUAAGCCCAGAAGUGUAUCCAUCAAGAGCCGCACCGCCAGCAAGCCUAGACCAGCUUCGAAGAAGAGAGAGAUGGUUGAUUCUCCUAGUAUCACUGAUGAUAUCAUUAGUCUCUCCCAGUCUCUUUUUGGAGAACCCUGGAAAACUAGAAGUAAAUCCAGACCUAGAAGCACAUCUAAACCUAGAAGUUCUUCAAGGAAGCGUAGAAGCUCAUCCAAACCUAGAAGUUCUUCAAGGAAGCGUAGAAGCUCAUCUAAACCUAGAAGUUCUUCAAGGAAGCGUAGAAGCUCAUCUAAGCCUAGAAGUUCUUCAAGGAAGCGUAAUUCCAGCAAACCUAGAAAUGUUUCUAAGACCAGAAAGCCUAGAAGUGAAUCAAAGAAGAGAGAACCCAGCAAGAACCAAAAUUUAAAUGCUGAACCCAAAGUUAGUUUCACCGAGAAUAUUGUUAAUCUUUCACAGGUUCUCUUUGGAGAACCCAAAAAGAAACCUGUUAAAAUUGAACCCAAAGCUAUAACUGAAGAUCCUUCUAAAUCUUCUAAAUCUGAGGAAAAGAAGAUAAAUCUUGAGAUAAAAGUAGAAUGUGUUGACGAGAACAACACUGCAGGAGUCUCAAAUCUGAAUGUUCAUGCUCAAGUAGAAAAUGAUCAUCUUGAUAUGGAAACCCAGUUGGGAUCCGAGGGUGCUGAUGUUUACUCUGAGGCCAAGGUUGAGGAUGAGGGAGAAAACAGCAGUAUCAAGAUCACUAUUGAUACUGAGCAACCAGAUACAGGACUAGAGGUAGAGAAUACUCUUAUUGGAGAUGAAAAGAGGAUAACAGCUACUCUAGAUAAUGAUGGAGUGGAACAAACCAAGAAGAUUAAAGUAGAUCUUGAGACAGAUUCAGAUUCAGAUCAUGAAGAAGCAGAAGGACAUAUUCACAUUGAUAGCAAAAAAGCUUGAACUUAUGAUAUAAAUAUUAAACAUUUAUGAACUAUUCAUUGAAAUUAACCAAAUACAUAUAUUUAUAUAAAAUAUAUAUAUUCAUUUAGUUGA